AUGAGCGGGAGCUCGUCUAACCCAAUCCUUUCGUUGCUUCUGGACUUUAAUUCUUACGACUACCGACCAGAGUGUCUCGUGAUCGCAAAGACUUUACAACCGGCGACAUCUUCGCCGGUCAAGUAUUUAUUGAAUCUCUCAUUCUGUGUGCGCCGUCCCUCCGCUUUGGAUUCAACUGCCGAGCAUGCUAUCGUUGUGUCUCAUCCCAUUCAAGCGCUUCCUCCAAACCAUGUGCUGCUUAAGGUCGAACGGUUUGGGUUUUCUGCCAACAAUAUAACAUACGAAGCUCUGGGGGAACAUUCACAUUUCCGUUACUUUGAUUUUCACGCCGCUCCUCCUGAGUUCAAGACUACUCAUGGGCUCGUACCUGUUUGGGGUUUUGCUACCGUUGUUGCGUCGUCGCACAACAAAAUAUCUGUUGGAGAGCGCGUUUAUGGGUAUCUCGCCCCGUGCCAGUAUCUCCUCGUUCCCGUUUCGGCUUCGGACGUAAAUCGGCAUGCCUUCUAUGUGCCUCGACCGCAUCUUCCUCCAGAUCGCCGACCAUACAACCAAAUCACACGCUGCGAUUCAGACCCAGAAUAUAUUCCCACAGAGCCAGCAGAAGAUCUUACAAUGCUGUACCGCCCUCUCUUCUGGACCGCUUAUUGGUUUGAAGACUGGAUCCAUUCGGUUCACUAUCGCGGAGCAACAAACGUGCUCAUAUCGAGUGCUUCUGCCAAAACUGCCUUCUGCACCGCCUAUCUUAUCCGAAAGCGGCGGACUUGCGGACAAACUGACGCAUCUCUCAAAAUUUUCGGCUUGACCUCUCAGCGGAACAUCGCUUUCACACGCGGGCUUGGACUCUAUGACGAGGUUCUGGAGUACGCAGAGCUUGAGCGGGGGUUGGGCAAAGGAAGCGACAAGUGGCUAUAUAUCGAUGUGGCGGGCAACGACAAACUCAAUGCACGCCUAUUUAAACACUUCCACGAUGGCGAACUCGCGGGUGCCGUUUCCCUUGGGAUGACUUCGCUCGCUCCAGCUUCUAAGAAAGUGGCAAAAAUUGAUUGGCAGACAAAUACCUUUUCGGAGACAAAUAAGGAAGCGUUGCAAAUGGAGAACUUCUUUAUGGUCGAAUGGCUCAGCGUUCGCAAACAUCAAUUAUCUUUGCACGAGAUCUUCAGUCGUCAGAAACGCGCCUGGAAAGAGCUGAUGACGGACUGCGUGUCGUGGGUUAAACUUGUCCGGGUAUCUGGCCCAGAUGCAGUGAAAAGGGUGUACGAUGAGGUGGCUAAGUCUGGAAUCCCCGCAGAUGUCGGCUAUGUGUGGAGCCUAUGGGACGAGGAGCAGAGGACUGUCCUUCCAGGCAAACUUUAA